AUGCAACCUUCUUUAUCCUUAUGCUCACCUCAAACCUUGUCGUCGUUGAAUUCCAUACUGGACAUCAACAACAAUAGUGAUAGCAGCAGCUCCACCAGCAACAUCUUCAACAGCAACACCACCACCAACAAGAAACUUAUGCGCAGAAACACCAUACAUUCUGAUAUGACCACACCCAUUGCUACACAACCCAUUCCCAAAAAAUCUCAACAAAUUAGAACCGAUAAACCACGACCACACAUGUGUAGUGUUUGCACUCGUGCUUUUGCGAGAUUGGAGCACUUGAAGCGCCACGAAAGGGCACACACCAAUGAAAAACCAUAUCAAUGCGCAGCUUGUGGUCGAUGCUUUGCUAGACGUGACUUGGUGUUGCGUCACCAACAGAAACUUCACACAAAUUUGCCAAUCUUGAUGCGCAAGGGGUCAUCUAAGGAUCAGGACAUCAAUGAACACAUAAACGUGUUGCAAAACAACACUGAUCCAAACGCUCCCUUACCAAAUGGUGCUACACCUUUACCAGAGGCUUUGACAGAUUCCGACGAAUCCAAGAGUAAUAGUAAACCUCAGUUUCGUACAGGAUUGUUUGGUAACGAUGGCCAAACUCAAACAAGUGCAAGCCUGCCUCAUCCACUGAUGGGAGCAUCACCAAUCACCUCGAAUAACUCACCUAGACCAAGUAUCACGCUACACAGCAGCAAUGGAAGAAAAGACAGCGUUUCUUUCAACCCUCACUUGAAAGCAACUCCAAUGUCACGCCAAAACUCAACUGCAAGUAGAAGGAAAUCAAGCCAAGUCAAUCAAGAACCAUCUCCAGAAUCAGACACCCCAAAAAGACAAAAGUUAUCCCCGUUGAAACAAUCCACUACCGAGUCUAAACAAAAAUCGUCUCAUUUCAUGCACAAUUAUAGACACGCUUCAUAUUCAGCAGCAUCGGGGACAUCCUAUGCCAAUGUCAGGGACGCAUUGAAAAUUCAAGAACAAAAUGCUCGUGAGUUUGGAGAUGCCGUGCCGAGUCAAGUCGAAUUUGGUACACCACCACUUGGACCUCAUAGUGAAGAGUAUCAUAAGAUUUUGGAAAUGGGUGAUUUGUUGGAUUGGGGUAAUAUAGACCAUUUGGAUCUAAGCGAUGACAAAUUUUCAUUACGUCAAAAGUCGCUUAAAAAUUUGCAAGAAUUUUUUACUCUUGGUUCCAAAAAUGGCAAUGCUAAAGCAGUGCCUAUGCAACAUACGCAAAGUCAACCACAGAGGAAAUCGAUUUUUGCAAUUGAUGAUGAGCCUAUGGACCCAGCUGCGGGAUUUCCCAUGCAACAACCACCGAUUGUGGAGAAUGAACCUACACAGGAACCAUUGCAACACCUACAACACCAGCAGCAGCAGCAGCAACAACAACAGCAACAACAACAGCAACAACAACAGCAACAACAACAGCAACAACAACAACAGGUACACCAAUUACAUCAGUCUCUGCCACUAUCACAACAAGGGUCAGUUUCCUCUACCGGUAGUAUAAAUCCACUGCAAUUGAGUAACAAAAAUGGUUCUGCACCACCACCACCACCAAGUGCAGGCAUGGGAUCUAGAACCUCAAUUGAAGCUUCAAUAACACCACAAGCUAGCUUAUUUGGAAACGGCACGACUCUGGCAGCUCCGGUUCCAGCAGCAGCAGCAGCAACAGCAACAGCAACAGCACCAGUUUUCUCCCACGAAGCUACCACUGACUGGGUCAAGGAUUUGGUUAAUCCAGCUUUUGAUAUGAAUAUGAACUUUAGUGCGAAUACCAGCUUUGAAGAUUUGAAGGGUUAUUUCAACAAUCAAAAUGUGGAUGAAAAUACAAUCAACCUUCCCAAGAAACAGGCGCAGGAUUUCAUGCAACAAUUGCUAAGCGCCAAUGGCCAUGAGGAGUCACAGUUUAUUGAUUACUCAAUUGAAUUUCCACCCAACUUUUUCAACUCAGAUUCGAGUUUGAUUUCGGCCGAGAUCAGAGACAAAAUGAUUGAGUUGAGCCAGAUUGAUGGUAAAAGUUUCCCCUCUUUGGAGAGCUUGAAAUACUACGCUCAAAUGUUUGAGCAUGGCUACAAUCGGUAUUGCUCAUUUAUUCAUUUGCCGUCGUUGAAGAAUGCACGCGGGCAAAAUUUUGAAACUAUACCACUUUUGUUGGCCAUUACUGCUAUUGGGUCCUUGUAUGCGUACAAUAAUCACGAUUCGUUGCUCUUAUUCAACAUGUCCAAGUAUCAUAUUCAAAGUUUUUUCGAAAGGGAGUUGACUGCUGAUAACAUCCAGUUCAAAAAGAUUCCUUUGAUGGCUCACCAAUGCCUUGUAUUGCAUAUUAUGUUGUCGUUGUUUUUCAAUGAGCCAAAUGUUAUUGAUAUCACCGCACGACAAAUCAAGUCAAUGGUGGGUUUGAUCAAGUCAACCAACUUUAAUGAGCCAUUGGAGCAAUCGAUUAUCCCACCUCAACCAGCACCCCAUGGGUUAAUGAUUACCGAAGAAACCAAACCAAUUAUUCAAAACAAUUACGACUACUUCAUCUUGGCGCAAUCGAGAAUUAGAACCUUGCACACUUUUUACAUCUUGCAAGUAUUUAGAUCUAGCAUCACUGGAGAACCCGUCAUGUUUCCAUCAACAAUGAUGCGGAGUGGAUCGUAUUGCACUAAUCGUGAACUUUGGUGGAGUUCAAAUGCAACUAGUUGGUACAAUACAGUAUGCAAAACUGUACCACCAAACUGGUCUAUUGUUGACUUGAGCAAUGGAACUUCAGUUCAUCAACUUGUUGGUUAUUUACAGGAUCCAAACCCCCUUACCAGCAUCACCAACCCCGAUCUCCUUACCAUCCUAUUCAAUAUUCAUGAACAAGUUGGUGCUGAUUUACGAGCAAGUGAUUUCAGUUAUGUCAACUGGAACAUUGAGAAAAGACCAAAGUAUCAACAUUUAAUGAAUAAUUGGCAAAUCAUAUUUUACAAAAAUAAUGGGAACUUGGACACGUCGUCAACUAAUAGUAAUCAAUUUGCCCACUCGCCUGACUUGAAACAAGUUAUUCCACUUUGGUAUAUGUUGAAGAUGAAGAUGGAUAUCAAUCUUGAUGCGACUUUUACCCACAUUUUCAAAAAGGAUUACGUUGCAAUGAAUAAGGAGUUGGACUUGAUGGAUUACCGUGAGUCGAAUUACAAUGCCUUGAGUAAAUCUUUGGCGUCAGCAUACAGUAUUUUGGAUCUUUGGAUACAAACCACCGAAACCAAUAGUCUCGAUGUGCGUGAAACCACUGUUCGUACACCGGUGUUUUUAUACUGCGGAUUAUUAGCCAGUUCUUUGGUUGUUGCUACAUAUCUUGAUUUCUUGGAGCAACAGUGCAAGAGACGCGAUAUUUCGAAUCAAGAAUUGAUGGACUGGCUCAGAUGUCAAGAGACGUUUACCAAGAUGGAGAAAGUGUUGACGCCAAGUGUCAAAUCUGUGUAUUCGGACGUUUUGACUAAAGAUAUGCAGAAUUUGAGUCUUGUUACCGAUUCAGUUCGGAUAAAGAUUAUCAAUUUGAGUGAACAAAGAUCGAAAUAUGAUGAUAACUUGUCGCGAGGAGUUGAUGUGGACUUGAAUCGGGAUUGCGUUAUGAAGUUGAAUCAAGAGAUUAGGGAUUGUGUGAUUGAGAAUAAUUUGUCAAGAAAGGCAUUUUAUUUGGGUAUUAGAUUAUUUGCUGAUGCACCAGUUUGGCCUGCUGCCAUGGGCUUUGCUGAGGCGUUGCAAUCAAGAGCGACAUAUUUGGUUCAACAACAACGAGCCAUGUUUUGA